AUGUCGGACGAGCGCAAUUACCGCAUGUUGGUUUUGGUCGAGGAUGUGUUGGAGCAAGCUGGAGAGAAAAACGAACAAGAAACGAAGGGCGAGGGCGCCCCAAAGGCCACUCACGAGUUCGUCGAUGAGCUGAUACUGCCCUUUGAAAUUGACGACAUGGACAAGCUGAACGAAUGGUUUGACAAAUUCGAUGCAGACAUUUGCAUUCCCAAUGAGGGCUUUAUCAAAUACGAGAUCAGCAGUGACGGGCUCGUGGUGUUGUUGCUGGACAGGUCGAAAGAAGACGUGGUAGCGCAGGUGCGCAAGUUUGUAGAAGCCGAGUCAGGCGACGAGAUAAACUAG